GCAUGCCAUACGCGUAGCCGUUCCCCGACAGACGGAGUGCAAAGAGAGUUUCAUGUAUAAGGCGAAGCUGAAUGACCCGACAUGCGAUUAGUCAAGUCAAGAAUGAGGAAAGGCGUUCGAGUUGCCCAGUGAAAAAAAAAACAACCCAUCGGAAACACUGACGACUCGUGUCAAGUCGGCUCCGUUACUCUUCAGCCAUGGGAACGUUUUUAGACCGUCUAGUGAUACUCUUCCUCUUUUUGUCAACGGCAUCAAAAGUUUUCGGUUCCAACAUCUGCACGUCACGAGGAGUCACCACCUGUCAACAGUGCUUGGCUGUCCACCCCAGCUGUGCAUGGUGCUCUCAGGAGGAGUUUGGGAAGGGGGGAUCCAGUGCAUCCCGCUGCAACCUGAAGCAGAAACUACUGAGUGGAGGGUGCAGUGAGAAGUCUCUGGAGUUUCCCUCCAGCACCCUGACCGUUCAGGAGGAUGCACCGCUCAGCGACAAGGCCUCGGGUACAGCUGACGAUGUCACUCAGAUAAAGCCUCAGAAACUUCACAUGGUACUAAGACCAGGAGAUGCCAGGCGUUUCACCGUGUCAGUGAAACAGGUGGAGGAUUACCCAGUGGACCUCUAUUAUCUUAUGGAUCUUUCAUUCUCAAUGAAGGAUGACUUGGAACGCCUUCGCACUUUGGGCAAUGAGCUCGCUGUGACAAUGGGCCACACCACAAGCAACCUUCGCAUGGGGUUUGGAGCCUUUGUGGACAAGACCACGUCCCCUUACAUGUACACCUAUCCUCCAGAGGCAGUCGAAAACCCUUGCUCUAGAAUUGGUGAAGACUGCCAGGCUCAGUUCGGGUUCAAGCACGUACUGCCACUGACAGAGAAGGUAGCACGCUUCACUGAGGAGGUGAAGAAACAGCAGGUGUCUAGAAAUAGAGAUGCUCCAGAGGGUGGAUUUGAUGCUGUCAUGCAGGCUGUGGUGUGCAAGGAGAAAAUUGGCUGGCGUCCAGACGCCUCCCACCUACUGGUAUUCACCACCGAUGCCAAAACUCACACUGCACUGGAUGGGCGUAUAGCUGGCAUUGUCCAGCCCAAUGAUGGACAGUGUCACCUGGAUACUGCCGACAUUUACAACAAAUCUACCGUGCUGGACUAUCCCUCCUUGGCGCUCAUGACUGAGAAAAUGUCUGAAAAUAACAUCAAUUUAAUUUUUGCUGUGACGAGCUAUAUGGUGCCACUCUACAAGGAGUACAGUCAGCUCAUCCCGGGCACAACAGUGGGAACACUGUCCGAUGACUCUGGGAAUGUUAUUCAGCUCAUUGAGGAGGCUUAUGAGAAAAUUCGCUCUAAAGUGGAGCUGGAGCUGCUGGGAGUCCCGGACGAGUUGAAUCUCUCCUUCAAUGCCACUUGCCUGAAUGGGGAGGUCAUCAAGGGACUCAAGUCCUGUUCCGGCCUCAAGAUCGGAGACACGGUGUCAUUCAGCGUGGAGGCUCAGUUGCGUGGCUGCCCUAAGGAGAAGAGCCGAACUUUUACCAUCAAACCUCUGGGCUUCAAGGAUUCCCUGGAGGUCACGGUGCACUUUGCCUGUGGUUGCGAAUGUGAAGCAAAGGCAGAGGCCAACAGCCCCCUCUGUAGCAACGGCAACGGGACCUACGAAUGCGGCGUGUGUCAGUGUCACCAGGGCCGCCUGGGCCCCCAUUGCGAGUGCUCGGUGGAAGACUACAAUCCAUCCGAUGACGAUAACUGCACCCCAAAGCAGGACAUCCCGAUCUGCAGUGGGAGAGGCGACUGCUUGUGUGGACAGUGCUCCUGCCAUGCAAAUGAGUUUGGUCGGGUGUGGGGAAAGUACUGCGAGUGUGACGACUUCAACUGCUUGCGCUUUAGAGGGGCACUUUGCUCCGAUCAUGGGAAGUGCAGCUGUGGCUUCUGCCAGUGUGAUGCUGGCUGGAAAGGAGAAAACUGUAACUGCACCACACGCACAGACACCUGCAUGUCCAGCAUCGGCCUGCUGUGCAGCGGCCGGGGUAACUGUGAGUGCGGGGUUUGCCAUUGCACUCAGCCUGGUGCCUACGGAGCUACCUGUGAGAAAUGCCCCACCUGUCCUGAUUCCUGCACUAUAAAAAAGAAGUGUGUUGAGUGUCAGCACUUCAAGAGAGGGCAGUACAUCAAAGACAACAGCUGCAGUAGAAUCUGCAAAGAUGAAAUCAAAGUAGUGGAUGAACUGGUUUUCCAUGACAGAAAUGCAGUGAAUUGCUCAUAUAAAGAUGAAAAUGACUGCAUUGAGCACUUCCAGUAUUACGAAGAUGAAAGUGGCAAAUCCAUCCUGUUUGUGGUAAAAGAGCCAGAGUGCCCCCAGGGUCCAGACACCUUGGUUGUGCUCCUGGCGGUGGCUGGAGCCAUUCUGCUACUGGGCCUUGUGGGCCUGCUAAUCUGGAAGCUGCUGGUCACCAUCCACGAUCGCAGAGAGUUCGCCAAGUUUGAGGAGGAGAGAGCCAAAGCCAAAUGGGAUACGGCUAACAAUCCUUUGUAUAAAGGAGCCACUUCCACCUUCACCAACAUAGCCUACCGGGGCAACUAACGACUAAAUGGAAUGAGAAAAACUCAGGGGUCAAUGACGAAGAUGGAAUGUAGUUGCACAGAAAUGGAUGGGAAGAAGCUUACACUGUCAUGUGACUAGCUACUGUAGCUUAAAAGUAGUUACUGCUGUCAACAACGUGAUGAAAUAGUUGUACAUAUUAUAAAAAUAACUAGAACUGUUAAUAUACAGUAAGUCACAGACAGUUGCAUGCUCUUCGGUUUCCUGUUUUACUCUAUGUAAUGCCUGUAGCGUUCUCUCAGCACUGCACACUCAAUCCGAUUGGAGUUCAACCAAGAACACUGUCGGGUCAGCUAGGGGAACCGCUGCCACUUUUGUGGUCUUUUUGAGAAGCUCUUCUACCACUGCAAUAUUUGUUGUUUGAGAUCUUUUUUAGCAACACUUUUUAUCUUUUCUCACGUUUUUUAAGAUAGAAAAUAGGAACCACCAUGACCUAAUAGUAAUAAGUCGUCGUAGAAAAUACAUUAAUAAAUGGACACUUUGAGGUCUCCCUCAUUGUCUAAAACCAGGUUUGAUGUAUUAUUUACAUCCAAGCCUUGUUUGUUUUUUGAAAAUGUAAUUUUCUCUUUCUGAGUGCAGCUGCAGCGUGUUUCAAAUUUCAAAUUAAAAAAGGCAAUUUCAGUUUAAUCACAACAAAGUUUUUCAGUAUACCUAAAAUGUGAACUAUAGAAUUUAAAUACAUUAUUAAAACGUGCUUCAGGGGCUUCCAUAUACAUUGCAUCUCUAUUUUUUCUAAUACAAAAUUGUUUAUAGGAAAGAUUUUGACAAGAAUGCAGCACUCUGUGGAGCAGUUAACUGCAGCCUUUAGGCUGACUUGGUUUACAGUCAUGAUUGUGGUCUAUAAUGAUUUUAUAUGUAUACCAGCAAUGGUAACUUUAUAAAUGCGAUGACAUGUUUCUUUAUCACUAUAUCAUCACCUGUUUUUGUGUUUGUUGGGCUGUUUUAUUGUUUGUUUUAUUUGUGAAAGUGUGUCAAAAAAUAGUGAUCUGUCCUACCAUUGCUGAAGUGUAAAUUGUUAUGUUUGUUUCAGUUUUCUACAGACCAGCACUGUAUCACGCUGAAAUACCAUAUUCUUUAUUAGUGUGUCUGAGCAGAUUUCAUUGCACAUCAAAUUAUAUUGACCACAAUGCCAUGUAACUGCUAAUAAUGAACUUGCCCUUGCUCUUUUGUGACAUCUAUAUAGGAGAUUUAAGCACAAUGUGAGGUGUGUUCUGGUUGUACAGCUCUUAUCCGCUCUCAGGUAAUAGCCUGAAAGCCCACUGUCCGUUUUGUUUGUUUGUUUGCUUGUUUGUUUGUUUAUUUUUUUUGCAUGCUUUUUAAAGAAGCCUGUGGUUUAACUCUAGUUCUUUGCACUAAGGGAAUGCAUAAAGAUUAAUUAUACCUGA